ACUUGCAUUUCUCCAGGUGCUGUGAAAGGAGCUGGCUCAGAGCCUUGGCCCUCUGUCUUCCCCUUCUCUUCCAUCUUUAGUUAGGGAUCCUGGGCUCUCCUCUUCUCUCUGGGAAGCUGGAGCCCGAUUGCUCCAUUCCCAGGGAGGGAGUGCCCUCUAGGGCCAGAGAGAGUUAAGGCUGCAGGAGAAGGCACCAGCUGGUGAAGGAGGGCAGGGCCUGGAGGCCAAGUCUGGAAGGGAAGGAGCUGCCGGCCAAUGAGGGGCAAACCAACUGCACUCUGACCUACUGGGCUGGAACAGCACAGGACCCACAGGUAUCUGCUGCCAUCCACACUCUCCGGGUUGGUGUCCUGGGACCACGUGGGGAUGCUGCCGUGGCUUCUUGUCUUCUCUGCUCUGGGUCUCCAGGCCUGGGGUGAUUCCUCCUGGAACAAAACACAAGCUAAACAGGUAUCAGAGGGGCUUCAGGACCCAUUUGGGAACAUCCCUCAGCUCACUGAAAAAGGCCUCCCCACAGAUGCCUCCACCCCGGUCUCUCGCAAGGCAUGGGGGGCAGAAGCUGUUGGCUGCAGUAUUCAGCUGACCACGCCAGUGAAUGUCCUUGUUAUACACCAUGUCCCUGGACUGGAGUGUCACGACCAGAGAGUCUGCAGCCAGAGACUGCGGGAACUGCAGGCCCAUCAUGUCCACAACAACAGCGGGUGUGACGUGGCCUACAACUUCCUGGUUGGGGAUGAUGGCAGGGUGUAUGAAGGUGUUGGCUGGAACAUCCAAGGAGUGCACACCCAAGGCUACAACAACAUCUCCCUGGGCUUUGCCUUCUUCGGCACUGAGAAAGGCCACAGUCCCAGCCCUGCUGCCCUGUCAGCCAUGGAAAACCUAAUCUCCUAUGCUGUCCAGAAGGGCCACCUGUCAUCCAACUAUGUUCAGCCACUUCUUGUGAAAGGUGAGAACUGCCUGGCCCCUCGACAGAAGGCGAGCCUGAAGAAAGCUUGCCCCAGCAUUGUCCCACGGUCUGCGUGGGGGGCCAGGGAGACCCACUGUCCCAGGAUGACCCUGCCAGCGAAGUAUGGCAUCAUUAUCCACACUGCCGGGAGGACCUGCAACAUUUCCGAUGAGUGCCGCUUGCUGGUCCGGGACAUCCAGUCUUUCUACAUAGACAGGCUCAAGUCGUGCGACAUUGGGUAUAACUUCCUGGUGGGCCAGGAUGGCGCCAUUUAUGAAGGGGUGGGCUGGAAUGUCCAAGGCUCCUCCACUCCUGGCUACGAAGACAUUGCCCUGGGCAUUACCUUCAUGGGUACCUUCACAGGUACACCACCCAAUGCUGCAGCACUAGAGGCAGCCCAAGACCUGAUCCAGUGUGCCAUGGUCAAGGGGUACCUGACUCCCAACUACCUGCUGGUGGGCCACAGUGAUGUGGCCCGAACCUUGUCUCCUGGGCAGGCUUUGUACAACAUCAUCAGCACCUGGCCUCAUUUCAAACACUGAGAGAAGCCCCAGGUCCUUCUGAGACUGCUCUCCCUCCCCUGUCAGGUCUCUCUUGUCCUCACCAUCCACCUUGGCUCAACACCUAUGUCCUCCUCCCCUGCCAGCCCAUCCUGGGCUUCCUUUUUGAGGUUGGGAUGAUCAUGCCCUCUCCUGCCAACAUCCUCCAAGGGCCUACAAACCUCAUAGCUGGACAUUCACAGUCCUCUGACUCUGAGUCCAGACUUCUUCUCUCCUUACCUUCCUCUCCCCUGGAAACCCAACUCCUCAGCCAGGUGAGACAAUG